AUGACUGUGCGUCGAUCUAACAACGGCGGUGGCGUUCGCGAGUCUGACAUGCUAGGGGCCAAGCCAAAGAAGCCGCCUCGCAUGAAUAACAUGACCUUCACAAAGUCAUCAGAACGGUCAAGUGGAAACUCGUCGUACAACAGCGGCAACAAGGCAUUCAGCCGAACGCCGCCAUUUAGGAACAGCCCGAGGGUGUACAGUUCCACAGUUCUGAAAGAUUUCAACUCUCCUAGCAAGCAGGACAACGGCCGCGAGCUGGCGGACCAUGCGAAGAAUCACACGAGAAUAAAAAACAAAGCAUCUGAAAAUCUGCUAAUGAGAAUAGCGGAUGGGAAUACGUCAGACAUCAGUUUGUCAGACGACGAGGAAGGCGACCAGCAGCCGACUCAAACUGACAACCAACCAGAUGUCGCGGCCGGGCCUUCAUCACCGGUGGAUGAAAACGACAACAACGAUGGAGAGUCCACUAAGAAAACUAGAGUUUCGUGGACCGCGAAGGACUUCGUGCGGCCAGACACCACAUUCCAGUGUGAGUACGAUGACCCUGUUGCAGUCGCCGAACCCAUUGAGUACUUUCUGAAGUACAUUUCUGAGGAAGUGUUUGAAGAAAUGGCAAGAUGCACAAACAUUUAUGUCAUGCAAACGACAGGAACGAUCCUCGCGACUACUCCAGAUGAGAUAAAAAGGUUGCUUGGUGUUCUUAUUAUAAUGGGAACCCUGAAAUUUCCGCGCAUGCGCAUGUAUCGGCAACCAGCGACACAGAUUCCUACGAUUUGUGAAGCGAUGAGCGUGAAUAGAUUUUUCAAGCUCAGGUCCGCCCUACACGUCACUGAGUCAACAACACCGCACUCACCAGCUGACAAAUUUUGGAAAGUGCGACCACUCCUAAACGCUGUCAAAGAACGUGUUUUACAGUUGCCACCUUCGGAGCACAACAGCAUUGAUGAGCAAAUCAUCCCGUUUACAGGCAGGGCAGCGGCGAAACAGUUCAUCAGGAACAAACCCAACCCAGAGGAAGUAAAGGUGUUCCUUCGUUGUAGUGCAGACGGCAUGGCCCAUGACUUCGAACUGUACCAAGGAAAAGGAACUGGUGUGUCCGAGGAGCACAAGAGCCUUGGCUUGGGUGGCUCAAUCGUCAUGAGGCUUAUUAAAGACUUGCCCUUGUAUCGAAAUUUCAAAUGUUAUUUCGAUAACUACUUUACAUCCGUAGGUCUUCUGCAAGAACUGAAGUCCAUAGGGAUCUGGGCAGUCGGAACAAUCCGCGCCAAUCGAUUGCAAGGCUGCGUCUUGAAGACUGACAAGGAGCUGAGACGCGAAGGCAGAGGAAGCUACGACCAGAAAGUCACAAAAGACGGGGACGUCAUUCUGGUACGGUGGCAAGACAACGGAGUCGUAAACGUCGCUUCAAGCUACGUGGGCGUGGAUGACCUGUCCACUGCAAGGAGGUGGAGCGAGGCCACAAAACAGCACAUCGACAUCCCAUGCCCUGCUCUCAUGAAGGACUACAACACCUUUGUGGGAGGCGUGGACAAAAUGGAUUUUCUCCUCUCGCUGUACCCUCUCCGCCAAAGAACCAUGAAAUGGCCAGUGCGGGUCAUAGGCUACUUUGUCUCUUUUGCCAUAGUGAACAGCUGGCUCGAAUACGUGAAACAUGCGGAAAUGAACCGAAUGCAGCGUAAGAACACUCUGGAUUUGCUGGCAUUCCAGAAUGAAGUUGCCAUGGCACUCAUCAUGUCUAGCAAGAACGUAGCGAAGAAACGGGGCCGCCCAAGCCUCCAGGAGCCGUCUGAACCUCCUCCCCGCAAAGUACACAACGCGGAGCCAAGGUGUGGACUUUCACCUCUUCUCGGCAAGGACCUUAAACAUGCCUGCCCGCCAUUUGUAAGCACGAAUGAUCCUUAUUCCUAA